AUACACACAUCACACCCCCAAAGUAUCGUCUGAGAUUUGAGGACAUUUAUUGCUAGAGUAAACGUAAAACAGAAAAGAUUUACAUCUAGGCAAAUACAGAAUUCAAAGUGCAAAGUACACCCUGCGCCAAGGCAAAUAGGAAUUGCUGCUCGCACGUUCCAGCGUUCGUCAUCGGAUUUCCAUUAUCGACUGUUCCGCGUACCUUGUAGCGUGAAAGAGAGCUACCAUUGCAGCAUUCCAACAGCAGUGGUGGAGGAGAAAGGACUUCAGCACAGCAAUUAUCCACGGUAUCGGCGGUACGGGCCUGGUGCGGUGAUACGGUAAUGUCCGGCCAUCAAUACGUACCGAACCCAGCGAACCUGUUCACGGACGAUGACGACAUUGACGAUGAGAUGUUCCUCCGGAACACCCCCCGUCGUGGCGACGCUUAUCUACCCGGCGAGGACAAGUACGGAGUGUCGAAGGUGAGCGGGACGGCGUACACCCGUCCAGAUGUGCUCGGACCGACGGUCGGUUUUGACGUGUCCGGUGGGCUUGCGUACGCUGGGAGCAGUGGAAGCGGGGGUGGCGGAAGUGUCAUUAGCGUGGGACCAGGCGGGUACGUGAUGGACAUGCCGGCGGCAGCAGCGUACGGCGGCUAUGGUGGCGGUGUUCCUAGUAAACCUUUGGCGUACGGCAGCUCGGGAACCGUGUACUCCAGCCUCGGUCCCGAUUCGGCCGGUGCCGUGGACGAUGAGAUUGCACUGCAGCGGCAAACUUUCGAGCAGAGGCGCCGAGAGCUGGAGGAAAGCACGCUCCUUACGUCCCAGCGGUGCCUGGGGGUUUUGCGCGAGACGGAGCAGGUAGGCAUUGCGACGGCCGAGGAACUGCACCGGCAGCGGGAGCAGCUGGAAAAGACCAAGAAGCAGCUGGACGAAAUCAACAACUCGCUCCGGUUCAGCCAGAAGCAUCUGAACAGCUUGAAAAGUGUUUUCGGUGGGCUGAAGAACUAUCUCUCGGGGCGAAUGGUGGCGGGAGCAGGCGGUGGCGCUGGCAGCAGCGGCGGGCCCGCUGCAGGUGGCGUCGUGGCGCAAGGUGGAAUACCCCGUCAGAACAUAUCAUCCCCGACGCCAACGGAAGAAGAUGAUCUCUAUCCGAACCCGCAGGACUAUCGCAUCGCGGAUCCGUACUGGACGGCGGAUCAGUCCCCGGUGCCGCCGCCGUCGCAAGUUUCCGGGGACUAUCAGCACCAUCAUCCUCACCAUCCACACCACCACUCACAGCAGCAUCUGCGUCAGCAGCAACAGCAGCAACAGCAGCAGCAGCAGCAACAGUUAGCAAAUGGCAGCGGCGGAGGCUUCAGCCAUCAGCUGGACCAAAACCUGGAUGAAAUGCGAGGUAAUCUGUCGCGCCUGAAGAAUUUGGCUUUGGAUUUGAAUCAGGAAAUCGACAGCCAGAACGAUCUGAUCGACGACAUCUCGGAUCGGGUGGAGGAUGUGGACGUCAAGAUCGGCAAGCAGAACAAGGACAUGAACCGACUGUUGCGGAAGUAAUCGGAACCACAUCGUAUGUGAGUUUAAUUUUUGCUUGUGAAAUGAUCGACCACCCGAGAGGAGAUUUUGGGAGCUGAUCGUUCAAAUUUAAUUGUUGAAAAAGGGCUACUAGAUGUGUAUUCUGUGUACAGUAUUUUCAUCGGAAGUGCAAUCGCAUCUACAGCAAAAAAUGAACAAACGGAAGGAACUGUACGGAUCUGAGUUUGCCAUGAGGUAACGACGGUGACGGGAUGAAAUUGUUAUUGUUGCCAACGUUGCUACAGGUAUCGGACGUAAUUUGAAGGGUAGAAGAAAAGAUGGCUGUUAUGUUUUCCUAGGGUGAUGUUUGCUUUUUUAUUACGUUUUUUUAGUAGAAUCAUCUCGAACGAUGUCGGAAUGUUUAAAUUUAAGUUAAGAUUUAAGUUCCUAGUUUCUUACUCCUAUGUCUCGUAGAGCACUUCUCGUGCACGGUGCAUCUUAGGCACGAAUUUUUUCGACCACUUAGCGAUAGGGAGAGAAGAAGACCAUAAAAAAUGAAGAAGAAAGGAAAACUAACGAACAAAAAACAAAAGACGUUACAAGUAUAUUCUAAUCAUAUUGCAUGAAAAUUAUACACAACAAAAUAUAUCUACAUCGCAAGAAAAAAAACCAAAAAACCAAA